AAUCUUCAAACCCUAAUUAAUUAUUUUUUUCUUUUACUUCCCCAAACCAAUUUUAUUUCUCUCUUAUUUUAUAUUCUCUUUCAAAUCUCUUUCGGUGCGAUUGGAUCUGAGUGACCCCUUUUUUUUUACAAAUAACCACUCGGUUCAAUUUAAUCCGGAAGAGAAAAUAUCCCCAAAUUUCAAAUAUUCUAGGCUUUUAAUUUGUUUUUGAAUCUGUACCAGAUUGUCAAUUUUAGGAGUCGUUAGGGUUUGUCACCUGAAUUUCAAGAAAUUUUGAGAGAUUAGGGUUCUUAGGGGUUGUAAGAAUUAGGGUGUUAGCUAUUUUUUGAGGGUUUUAAUAAUUGAAGUGAAGUGGGGAUUCUGUGUUGCGUUAAAGGUGGAAUCUUGAACAGCCAAUGCUAUAUUUGCUGGAUGAGUUCAGUGAAAAUUUUCGGUAAUUUUUGCAGUACCGAAGAAGUUAGAGUUUGAAAUUAUCAAUGUCUUGGGCAGGCCCGGAAGAUAUUUACCUUUCUACUUCUCUUGCUAGCUAUCUUGACAAGAAGCUGCUGGUGCUUCUGCGAGAUGGUCGGAAGCUAAUGGGAAUACUUCGUUCUUUUGACCAAUUUGCCAAUGCCGUUCUUGAGGGUGCAUGUGAAAGAGUUAUUGUUGGUGAACUCUAUUGUGAUAUCCCCUUAGGUCUAUACGUUAUUCGGGGAGAGAAUGUUGUUUUGAUUGGAGAGCUGGAUUUGGAGAGGGAGGAACUUCCUCCUCAUAUGACUCGUGUUUCACCAGCAGAAAUUAGACGGGCACAGAAAGCUGAAAGGGAAGCUUCAGAUCUAAAAGGAACGAUGAGGAAAAGAAUGGAGUUUCUUGAUUUGGAUUAGUGUGCAUCUCUUACAACCAGGUUAUAGUUUCCGCACAUAUUUCAGCGGUCAAUUGGUGUAGGCGAUAUUAGGUUGGAUGAUCUUCCUUUUUCUUUUUGUCGACAAGUGUCUGUAACAUUUAUCAAAGAAAUGUAUUUGACAAAUUCACUCAGCAUUUUCAUUCUGUGAAGUUUCAUUUACUUGUUUGGAUGGGGGAUAGAUCAGUAUUUUACUCACUUCCAGUUUUCAGCUUUCAUAAUUUGCUGAGUGUUCAAGUUUGUAAUGACUCUGAAUGCAUCCUGUUGACUAUGAUCAACAAAUCAUUAAUCUUGUAAUAUGUUAAUGAAGCAGCCAAUUUGCUUGCCCAGUGUGGCAUAGUCCGAGUGCGAGUGUAUUCCUGA